CCCUCCUCUGUGUCUUUCUCCCAGCAGGGCUAUGUCCUCGGCAGCCACCACAUCUCCAUCUGUGGACAAAGUGGACGGAUUUUCACGGAAGUCUGUCAGGAAGGCCAAGCAGAAGCGGUCGCAGAGUUCGUCCCAGUUCCGCUCUCAGGGCAAACCCAUAGAGCUCACGCCCUUGCCACUGCUCAAGGACGUGCCAGCGCCGGAGCAGCCGGAGCUGUUCCUGAAGAAGCUGCAGCAGUGCUGUACUGUCUUUGACUUCAUGGACACGCUGUCAGACCUCAAGAUGAAGGAGUACAAGCGCUCCACGCUCAACGAGCUGGUGGACUACGUGACCGUCAGCCGGGGCUACCUGACAGAGCAGGCCUACCCUGAGGUCGUCAAAAUGGUGUCUCACAACAUAUUCCGGACCCUUCCGCCCAGUGACAGUAAUGAGUUUGACCCUGAGGAGGACGAGCCCACGCUCGAGGCCUCCUGGCCACACUUACAGUUGGUAUACGAGUUCUUCAUCCGGUUCUUGGAGAGUCAGGAAUUCCAGCCCAGCAUUGCCAAAAAGUACAUAGACCAGAAGUUUGUCCUACAGCUCUUGGAGUUGUUCGACAGCGAGGAUCCUCGGGAGAGAGACUACCUGAAGACAGUCUUGCAUAGAAUCUACGGCAAAUUCCUGGGGCUGAGGGCUUUUAUACGAAAACAGAUCAAUAAUAUUUUUCUACGUUUUGUUUAUGAGACGGAGCACUUCAACGGGGUGGCUGAGUUGCUGGAGAUCCUGGGGAGUAUAAUCAAUGGUUUCGCUCUGCCACUGAAAGCAGAACAUAAACAGUUUCUGGUCAAAGUGUUGAUCCCCCUCCACACUGUCAGGAGUCUGUCCCUCUUCCACGCACAGUUGGCGUAUUGCAUUGUACAGUUCCUAGAGAAAGACCCAACAUUAACAGAACCAGUCAUCAGAGGCUUACUGAAGUUCUGGCCGAAAACCUGCAGUCAAAAAGAGGUGAUGUUUCUAGGGGAACUGGAGGAGAUCCUGGACGUCAUCGAACCCACACAGUUUGUCAAGAUCCAGGAGCCGCUCUUCAAACAGAUCUCCAGAUGUGUCUCCAGCCCACAUUUCCAGGUGGCAGAGCGAGCUCUGUACUACUGGAACAACGAGUACAUCAUGAGUCUGAUCGAGGAGAACUCCAGCGUCAUCCUGCCCAUCAUGUUCGCCAGCCUCUACAGGAUCUCCAAAGAGCACUGGAACCCGGCGAUCGUAGCGCUGGUGUACAACGUACUGAAGGCCUUCAUGGAGAUGAACAGUACUUUAUUUGAUGAACUCACAGCCACUUACAAGUCGGACCGCCAGCGUGAGAAGAAGAAGGAGAAGGAGCGGGAGGAGCUGUGGAAGAAGCUGGAGGACUUGGAGCUGAAGCGCGGCCUUAGGAGCGACGGGAUCAUCCCAACUUAACGAAGACAACGCCGCGCUCCCCUCUGUCCCCGCCCCCCCCGACUCUCUUCCCCAACCUCCCCCCCUCCCACUCUGACUCCCCCUCCCCUCCAUCUUGACCCCGCUCCCCCCCACCCUUCCCUCCACAUCAGCCAUGUCUGCCCAGAGCUCCGAACCCCCCCCCCCUCCCCCGAUAAAGGCCAUCGUCUCUGGAUGGACUCGGAGCGCCCGCUGGUUUCUUAAUUGUGUUUAUUUUUCUUCAGUUUUUUUUUCUCCUGUGUUUAUGCGACUUACUUUACAGUAGAUUCAUCACGUCUGUUUUCAUUAUUUCAACAGCACUGUAAAUAAUUCUUUUUCUUUUUUUCCCUUAAAACUGAUAUUAUUGCAAAACAGAAAAACAAAACAAUAAUAAUAAAAAAAGGAGGAAAAAAAUAGAAAAUGAGAAAAUGACUUGUGUGGGAGGGGGAUUUAAACGACAAGAAGAAAAAAAAGUUUUGGACUGUAGGACGUGAAAUGAACUUGUGGAAACAAAAAAACGACAAAAAAAGAAGAUUUUAAAAACUUCAUCCCUUCUUCUUCUUCUUCUUCUUCUUCUUUGUCACUGCCGUCACGUAUCUAACUUUUAUUUUCCUGGUUCUCCUCUUUGCUUUUCCUCCCGUCGCCUCCAUUUCUCUGUUCAUCGGUGCAUCUGUCAUUUCUGUCCAAACGUGGGGCGUCCGGAUGGAUUAUUGUCCCCCCCCCACCUCCCUCCCUGCUCCAAAGGUUCCUUAAGGACCCCACCUCCCCCCUCUCCUCUCCUCCUGUUAAAAACAGGAAACAAACAAAAGAACAAAACCACAUUCAAAAACUUUCUCAGUACAACAACACGUUUUAAAAUCACGUGUGAGUGCGUUUACAUGUGUUCUGUCAGAGUUCACGAGUCCGGCAGGAAGAAAGAUUUAAGAAAAAUCAUUUCCUGAGAUUCUGUUUUAUUUGUUUCAUUCCCUAAAUUGAGCCGACGUCUCGUCAAAUUACGUCAAAUUAAUAAUUCACUGUGAAAUUCCGAAAAACAAUUCAGAUCCACGAACUCAGAGAAAUGGUCACAACCUUCAGACGAGUGUCGUUGAAUCAUGAUGAGGACAAAAAGAAAAACCGCUCGUUAUCAGAUUCUGCUGAUUAAUCAUCGUGUUGAAAUGUUUCCUUCAGGUUAUAAAAUAAUCCAGAUGAUGUUUGUCUCUACAUUAAAUGUCACCGUACAAACAGGAAGCUGCUGCAGCACGAACGUGUUUAACAUAAACCAAGAAAUAAAGACAAAAGGAAAAGUUUGAUUCUUCAGGCAACGUCCCGCUUCCCCUCUGCUGCACCCGAGCAUGAUGGGAAAUGAAGUCUUGGAACACUAUGAAUGAAAAUUCAAUUCAUUAAAAACUUGAUAAGUUUAAACCACUUGAUCUCUAAAUGAUUCAGUCGGAUGUUGUAUCCUGAUUUUCGGUGAACCUGAUGAGCUCACUUCCUGUCGUCCGUCACGUACUCGGACUCUUCGUGGGCGAGUCUCUGCGCUCGCUCUCUCAGACUUUAUUCUACGACCUGAUGACAAAUGAAGAAACACAGAUCUGUUUCCAUGUAAACGCACUCCUCCUCCUCCUGGGACUCACUCUUCAUCACGUGACUCUUCUCCUCCAUCACUCUCUCUCUCU